CUCCGCUCUCUCUCUCUCUCUCUAUUUCUCUGUCUCCCCUCCUCCUCCGCUUUUCUUCUGUUUUAUUUUGCGACUUUUGAAAGCGACUAAUUCACAUUCCAAAUAUUCUCCGAAGAGAAGAGAAGAAGAGUAACGCCAGAUUGUAGCCGGAGAUCGAAAUGGAGCGAGAUUUCCAAGAGGAAAUGGGAAUCCAGAGAUCUGCGUAUUGAUUUGGAUGCGCCCGCUACCCCGAUCGGAAUCGUCGUGGAGCCGUGCGGAUUGGUGGGAGAGAAAAGGGAGGUUUGGGCGAAGAGGAGAGCGGAAGCCGAAGAGUGUGAACGAGAGAGGGGGAGACGGAGAGGUAGCGGCGAAGUGAUAUGAAAGGGUACGGCGCCGGCGGGCUGUCGGCCGCCGCGCAGCAGGCGGCGAAGAGGAGGUGGAAGGGACAGCCAGCGGCCGUGUUCGCGCUCGUAUUCUUCUCGCUGCUCGUCCCCCUCGUGUUCCUCCUCGGCCUCCACAACCGCUUCCCUUCCGGAUACUUAGCGGACGUUCGCUCCCAGCAGGAAAGUAACUUUGACACUUACCACAAUCUUGCUCGUGAACAAGAGCAGAUCUCUUCAAAGGUUGCUCAGUGGAUGGUUCCUCACCUCGAAGAAGAAUUUGCAUCGACAUUUUCAAAGGAUGUCCCUAGUGUGUUGCCUCCUGCUGAGGAAUUGAACAUGAGGAUCAAGAAAACUCUUAGUUCGCCCUCCGCAUCACAUUACAAUAAUUAUAGCUCUCAGGCAACAACAGGCGAUGAGAUCAAAUCAAAAGGCCCUGUUAAGGGACAUAGUGAUGUCUUAAAAGAGCCUUCAUCUCUGAAUACUAAACCUGAUGUAGAAGGUCCGAAGUCAAGGCAUGACACAGGUUUGAGUGUAUAUGAGACUGACAGAUCUUGUGAACAUGAAUUUGGAAGCUAUUGUCUUUGGGCCAGAAAAAAUAGACGAGUUAUGAAAGAUUCUAAUGUGAAGAGACUCAAGGAUCAACUUUUUGUGGCAAGAGCUUAUUACCCUAGCAUCGCAAAAAUUAAAGGAAAGGAAACCCUAACUCGCGAAUUGAAACAGAAUAUUCAGGAUCAUGAGCGCAUUCUUACCGAAGCAGUUUCUGAUCCUGAUCUACCGCCACUUGUAGGUAAGAAGAUUUCAAAUAUGGACAAGAUCAUUGCAGAAGCCAAGUCGUGCCCCAUUGAUUGCACUAAUAUUGAUAGGAAACUAAGACAGAUACUUGAUCUGACAGAAGAUGAAGCUCAGUUCCAUAUGAAACAAAGUGCUUUUUUAUAUCAGCUUGGUGUCCAGACCAUGUCCAAAACUUUUCAUUGUCUUUUAAUGAGAUUGACAGUAGAGUUCUUUAAAUCUCCUGCAUCUAUUAUGGAUCAUAUAUCUGUUUCUGAAAUUGGCAAUCCAAGCUAUCAACACUAUCUUAUAUUCUCAAAAAAUAUACUAGCAUUAUCAGUCACUAUCAACUCUACUGUAUUGAAUUCUGAGGAAUCUGAUAGAAUGGUUUUCCAUGUGCUAACCGAUAAACAGAAUUUUUACUCUAUGAAACACUGGUUUGUCAGACACUCUUAUGGAAAUGCAACCAUUGACAUUCUGAAUUUUGAUGAGCUCAAGUCUAAUCAUAUUUCCAACUUAGACUUGGGAGAGAUGUCAAUGUCAGAGGAGUUCCGCAUCUCUAGUCACACUAUUUCUCAACGAAGCCCAUUGCAGAUGGGAACUAAAUAUCUCUCCGUGUUUGGCCAUUCCCACUUUCUUCUUGCUGAUAUGUUUAAAGAUCUAAAGAAGGUAGUUCUUUUGGAUGAUGAUGUGAUUGUUCAAAAAGACAUAUCCUUUUUGUGGAAUCUUGAUUUGGGUGGCAAAGUAAUUGGCGCUACUGAAUUUUGUGGAGUAAAAUUGGGUCAUCUCAAGUCAUAUUUGGGCACCACUAUGUAUGACAAUAACGAUUGUGCCUGGAUGUCUGGCAUAAACAUAGUUGAUUUGGAGAAAUGGAGAGAACUUGAUAUUACUGGAGUUUAUGAAAGGAUUGUCAAUCAGUUGAAACAAGAAAAUGAGGUACAAUGGAGAGCUGCUGCACUUCCAGCAAAUUUACUUGCAUUUCAUGGUCAUAUAUAUACUCUCGACAAUACUUUAGUUCAGCAAGGGCUUGGCCAUGAUUAUGAAGUCUCUGAAGACUCCUUAAAGAAUGCAGCCGCUUUGCAUUACAAUGGCAACAUGAAGCCUUGGCUUGAUUUAGCCAUUCCCAAGUACAAGAUAUACUGGAAGAAGUACCUUACACGAGAUGAGCGAUAUAUGGAAGAAUGCAAUGUCAACCCAUAGCUUUAGUCGCAGACUCAAGUAUUGGAUUUGAAUUGAAGAGGAGGAACCAAAACUUGCCUGCAUUUUUGUCAAUUUGCUGCUGAGCCAUCAACUGAUACUUCACUGUCAAGAGUCAACCAAUAAGAAUUGGAAAAGGAGUUUCUUCCAUCUUCUGGUUCAGGAGCACUCGGAUGACGACGCAAUGCAAGAAAAGCAUCUGGUUUCUUCAAUAAUUCUUGACCUCAAAAUUUGCAGGGAAGUAAGCUGCAAGCAUAGGUCUUGUAAAGCAUGUUUCAGGUAAGCUUGUGUUAGCCGGUUGCUUGUCAUUCAUUUGUCAUAUAGUCUGAAGUAGUAGGUUGGCACUUCUAAAAUGGAUUGUCGCCGUGUUUUGACCAAUGCAGAUCAAUUCUUUUUCGCCCCCUAUUGUUACGCUAACCCUUAUUGCUUAUUACCGUAAUGAGGGUAUAUUUUGACAUCUCCCAUUAGUAAUUAUUUGUUAUUAGUGCUACACUAGCCAAGGUUUUCCAUUCUUGACAAACUUAAUGUCAUUUUGUAUUUAAAAGUUCUAGUGUUUGUCUCAAACUUGCAAUUUUGGAACUGCCACUCGUGUAUCUGUUUCACUUGUAAAUUACUUGCAGUUCGCUG